UGACAGAAACUGAGUCGUGAUCAUCCGGUCGAGCCGUGGGUGGUUAGCCUUCCCUAUUUACGUUCUCUAUCGGUGAGAUUACUGUCGUGCCCGCUUGCUGAGUGGCUACACGGACGACUAUUACUCGCCAUUUUGAGGGUAACGACUGACGUUUGUUUGUGUAUGAGAGAAACGCGGCUUGGAUAUCGGGGAUAUCCCCUCCUCGUUUGGGCGAACAACAGAGCGAACGUCGUUUUUCCAGGCUAAGCUAGCAGCAGCAGCACGGCGUAACGGGUAGGGGUGGAUUUCUACAUCUCGGCCCUCGGAAAGCGAAUAUAAAUACCGUCUCAGGAGUAACGUUAUGUUGUGAAACAAUGACAAGCGAAGGAGACAGAUCUAAUGAAGGAGGGCUCCUCGGAGGGGAAGAAGUGUCCUCGGAUGAGUUUCGGCGGAGCGAUCAGUAAAGAGGUGAAAAGUAGUUCAAGCUAAGCGAAGCUAGUCGGUUAGCUCAAUUGAUCGAGGAAGUUGACUAGCCACCUUGCUAACUCGGCGACAAAUGUAUUACUGGACCAAGGGUCGUCUCAAACGUCUGAGUCUUUGGUAGAGUUGAAGAUUCACAAAACCGACCGGUGUUGCCAAGUUUAGAAAGCCGAAGUUUUAGAAAGUCACGUAUUGCUGUGAGUUUUUAACCAAAAACAACAAAAAACGCUAGCUAAUUGGUUUAGCGAGAAUGUCGGGGCUGGUUGUAAACAAAGGGUCCCGAGCUCUACAUGUCUACAGCUGAACUACACCUCGACCGAUCGUUGACCUAUUAUUUCACGGAUAUAGCUUCGUUUUUUAAAAGUGAUCCGAACUCUUAGAAAUGGAUUUAAAGACAGCAGUAUUUAACGCGGCCAGAGACGGUAAGCUCCGGCUGCUUCAGAAAUUGUUGGAGAACAAAGAUGGACACGAGGUGACCAAGUUAAUGGGCGAGAAAACAAACGGAGCCACCCCGCUCCUGAUGGCCUCCCGGUAUGGCCACCUGGACCUGGUAGAGUAUCUGCUGGAGUGCUGCAGUGCUCCGGUUGAGGUCGGUGGUUCGGUGAACUUUGACGGGGAGACUAUUGAGGGAGCGCCGCCUCUCUGGGCUGCCUCUGCGGCGGGUCACCUGAAGGUGGUCCAGUCGCUCCUGGGUCACGGAGCUUCUGUCAACAGCACGACCCUCACCAACUCAACACCCCUGAGGGCAGCCUGCUUUGACGGUCACCUAGACAUUGUGAAAUACCUGGUGGAGCACAAAGCAGACCUGGAGGUGGCCAACAGACAUGGCCACACGUGUCUCAUGAUCUCCUGCUACAAAGGCCACAAGGAGAUAGCUCAGUACCUGCUGGAGAAAGGAGCAGAUGUCAACAGGAAAAGUGUAAAAGGCAACACAGCACUUCACGACUGUGCAGAGUCGGGCAGCCUAGAGAUCAUGCGGAUGUUGCUACAGUAUGGAGCUUCCAUGGAGCAGGAUGGAUACGGCAUGACACCACUACUUUCUGCCAGUGUUACAGGCCACACUAACAUUGUAGAUUACCUGACAACGCACCAACAGACAAGCCACACAGAGCGCAUUGAUGCCUUGGAGCUCUUGGGGGCUACGUUUGUAGAUAAAAAGAGAGAUCUGCUUGGAGCUUUAAAGUACUGGAAAAGAGCCAUGGACCUCAGGUACAUGGACAGCAACAACGUUGUCCAUAAACCAGAACCCAAGCAGUUGAUCAUGGCAUAUGACUACGCCAGGGAGGUAACAAACGGAGAAGAGCUGGAUGGACUGAUAUCUGACCCAGAUGAGAUGCGCAUGCAAGCUUUGCUCAUCCGUGAGAGAAUACUCGGCCCACAACAUCCAGAUACAUCCUACUACAUCCGUUACCGAGGUGCCGUCUAUGCUGACUCUGGAAACUUUGAGCGCUGCAUCAAUCUGUGGAAGUAUGCGCUGGACAUGCAGCAGAGCAACCUGGACCCCCUCAGUCCCAUGACAGCCUCCAGUCUGCUGUCAUUUGCUGAGCUGUUCUCCUUCAUGCUGCAGGACAGGGCCAAGGGGCUCUUGGGGACAUCAGUGUCGUUUGAGGACUUGAUGGGGAUUCUGUCCAAGAGUGUGCUGGAGAUUGAGCGAGCAGUUAAACAAAGUGGACCAAUGCCUCCCGACCCUGCUCAGCUCAGCAAGGCCCUCUCAAUUAUCCUGCACCUCAUUUGUCUUUUGGAGAAGGUGCCAUGUACUGCAGAGCAAGACCACUUCAAGAAGGAAACCAUCUAUAGAUUCCUAAAGCUCCAGCCGUGUGGUAAGAACGGCUACAGUCCACUACAUUUGGCAGUCGACCGCAACACCACCUGUGUGGGCCGCUAUCCUGUUUGCAAGUUCCCCUCCCUCACAGUCGCUUCGAUCCUUCUUGAGUGUGGGGCAGACGUUAACAGUCGAGAUGAAGACGACAACAGCCCCCUUCACAUAGCGGCAUCUAAUGGUCACCCAGACAUCAUGAACCUGCUGAUUUCCUGUGGGACCCACUUUGACAGCACCAAUGCCUUCCAACAAACGGCCUGUGACCUCCUGGACGAGAAGGAGCUGGCCAGGAAUGUCAUCCAGCCCAUUAACCACACCACGCUGCAGUGCCUAGCCGCCAGGGCGAUCAUCAAGCACAGCCUCGACUAUCGGGGAAACAUUCCCGAGAAACUAGAGGCCUUCGUCUUGCUCCACAGAUAAUAAUUGUGAAGGAGUAGAGGGGGAUGGAUGGAUGAAAAGAGGAGGGGAGUGUGAUUACAUCGAGUGGACUGAACAGAUUAAGGAGCAUUAUAGUUAAACACCCGACCUACAAGGUGUUUGAGAAGCAGAAGGAUGAUUAUAUGGGUUAGGUUUGCAAAUUCAAACUGUUGGGAAAGUAUGAACUUGAAGACUUAUGUGCACAAAAAUAUCCUCUUUUAACCAGGAUGGACUGAAAAACGAUCGGAUUAAAUGGAGGAAUGAGUGACCAUUAUCUUUCAGAGAGCCACGGCUCUGACUGAUCACAGACCCAAUCUGUGUCGAUGUAUUAGGAGUGGAUUGCAACAUGGACAAACACAGUUGUAUCUCUGGAUGAACAGAGCAAAGGGGUUUACGUAUUUUUGCUUCAGAAAAUUUAAUUUUUUUGCAUAUUCCACAACGCUAUUUAUUGAAUGAAACUUGAGAGAUUUUUCUCCAUGCUGGCUUCGAUCCAGUCUCAACAUUGCCUGCUUCUCUCUUCUCAGAGCAAGGGUUGAGGCAUUUCUACAUAUGCUGGGACUUCAGGUUUUUUGUUUUUUUUUUUUGUCCCAUCACUGUUGUCAACAGUCAUGGACCCUUCCUCAGUUUGUACUUUUACAAUACAUGUAGUUUUUGUCAUGCAAAUCUGAAUAUCUGCCAAGUGGUGUGGAUUCUACACUCAUUUUUUGUUCCCACUUUAGUGUAUAACAAAGCUUUACAAGAAGGGUUUAAUGUGUGCGACCACCAUAAGUGCUUUAUUCUUCCUAUGCACAGGCUAGGCUGUUGGAAAGAGAGACUGUUGUAUUCUGUACCGGCACUUGUCUGUGCAAUAUCUCUCAUGAGUUUUUGUGUUUACCUCAUUGCUGCCGUUUUCUUCGGUAUCCACCUACUUCGCUCAUAGAGGAGGGGAUGCAAAACCAUUGUACUAAUUGUUGUGAGAAGAGCGAAUGGAUUUGAGUGAUGUAUGUAUGUGUGUGUGUGUGUGUGCGUGUGCGUGUGCGUGCGUGUGCAUGCGUGAAAGUGUGCGUGCCAUGCAAGCGUGUUUCUGGUAUGCGGAAUGAUUUUGAACUUACACAAAAUGAGGACAGGAGUUUGGUGAAGUGGCAUUCAUGGAGAUUCCAUAAUGCACAUGACUGCCACUGGAAACCACAGCGGCCAAACUAACUGUCGACAACCGUUUGAGAGUGCAGGCUCUGUACACAGAAGUGACCUCUUAACGUUCAUACAUGGCCGACCUUUAAAUGCCAUCAUUCUUUAAUAAUCUUGAUCAAAAAGAAAAGUCUGGGUAGUUUAUCAACAUUGGCCCACUGUGCAUGUGCAGCAGCUGCAUAUCAACCACCAAUCACUGCUGAAAACCUUUCAUAACUCCUAGACUCCAAACCAGGCUACGGCUAGGAUAGUUCUGUUCAUUUUGUACAACUGUCGUCCAAUUGUAUGAGAGUUGAAGACACAUGAGUGGGAGGAUGCCUCGACGUACAGAAUAGUAAAGCUUUGUGAAUUAUCUUGUUUGCACAUUAGCUUUAGAUGUGUGGAUUGAAAAAAGGGCUUUUCAUAAUUUGUAGGAUUUCAUAUUGCAGUCUAUUUAACCUGACGGCUCAAAACCAGACUUAGAAAAUGUAUGAGGACUCCCAGGGCAACUUGAUUUGAAUCUGCACUUUAUACAGCGGAGUUUAAGAUUUGAUAUGGCAUUAAUCAAGUUCAUGUCUUAAUAACCAGUUUGACAAUAAACCCAUGUUGCACUUGU